UUUGCGGUCAGUCGUUAGAGCGACCUCCAAGUGUGCACAGUUCGUCGAGAAGAUGUCACGUAAGCAGACGAAAAUAGAGAUCACCUCGAAGGCAACACCGCCAACAGAAGCAGAACCAGAACAGUGGGGCAAUGGCCUAGAAUUUCUAUUCUCUUGCAUUUCGCUGUCAGUGGGAUUGGGCAAUAUUUGGCGUUUUCCCUACAUAGCCUUUCAAAAUGGUGGUGGAACCUUUGUGAUACCCUAUUUGAUAGCCCUGCUGGUAAUUGGACGUCCUGUCUAUUAUCUGGAGAUAUCCCUAGGACAAUUUAGUGGAAGAGGAGUAAUGAAAGCCUUCGAUGUGGCUCCUUUGAUGAAGGGUGUGGCCGCUGGACAGAUGGUGGCCACUGCAUGCUCCAUAACCUAUUACUCCAGCAUUAUGGCGCUGACUUUGCGUUUUCUGGUGGCCUCAUUUAGUUUUGUGUUACCCUGGAGCUAUUGCUGGCCCAGUUGGGGCGGAGAUUGUCAUGAUGGUCUGGAUGUGAAUGCCACCGGAAAGUUAUCCCCUGCCCAGUUGUAUUUUGAACGUGAAAUCCUUCAUGAGGUGGCAAAUAUUAAUGAAGGUUUGGGUCUACCCAAUUGGCAAUUGGUUGUCUGCCUGGCUGUGGCUUGGCUAAUUAUUGGAGCUGUUCUCAUACGUGGCAUUAAGAGCAGUGGCAAGGCUGCCUAUUUUCUUGGUGUCUUUCCCUAUGUGGUCCUGUUGAUUCUGCUAAUUAGAGCUGUUACCCUGCCAGGAGCCUGGGAUGGCAUUGUCUAUUUCUUUAAGCCCCAGUGGCGGGAGCUAUUGAAUCCCUUGGUUUGGUAUGCUGCAGUUACCCAGGUCUUCUUCUCUUUGGCCAUUUGCUUUGGCACCUUGAUAACCUAUGCCAGCUAUAAUAAUUUCAAUCGAAAUGUCUACAAUGACAUUGUAAUCAUAACCACUAUGGAUUCAUGCUCCUCCAUUAUAGCAGGUUGCAUUACUUUUGGCAUUCUGGGUAAUUUGGCUAAGCAAACGGGCAUAACAGAUAUUGGCAGUGUGGUGAAAGGUGGCGCUGGUUUGGCCUUUAUAUCGUAUCCAGAGGCCAUAGCCAAAUUUGAAUAUGUUCCACAGAUCUUUGCGGUCCUUUUCUUUCUCAUGCUCUUUGUCCUAGGCAUUGGCAGUACGGUGGGCAUGGGUUCGUGCAUUUUGCGUGUCAUACGGGAUCAGUUUGGUUCACGUGCAGGACCUAGUUGGGUCCUUGCCAGCUCACUGGCUGCCCUGGGUUUUGCUGUGAGCAUUGUCUAUAUGACACCGGGUGGACAAUUUAUAUUGAAUCUUGUUGAUUUCUAUGGUGUAUCAUUUACGGCCCUCAUUUUGGCCAUUGGUGAAUUGUUGGCCAUUGCCUGGAUCUAUGGUGUUCAACGUUUCUGUGCGGAUAUCAAAUUCAUGAUGGAUAUUGAGACGGGUUGGUAUUGGCGUAUUUGUUGGUCCUAUAUCACACCUGGCUUGAUGUCGGCUGUUCUUGUUUAUACUCUGCUCGACAUGGCUGCUUUAACCUACAAGGCCGUACCCUAUCCGACAAUGGCUCAUGUAUUUGGCUGCCUUUUGGCUGCUUUGGGUCUAAUUCAGUUGCCCGGUUGGGCACUCUAUGCCGUGUUCAAGCAUCCCGGCGGCACCCUUUGGCAGAAACUAUGUGCAGCCAGCCGACCAUCGGAUACUUGGGGACCAGCCAAUGCUCAAGUUGCCAACUAACCUAAAGCAAGAACAAAAACAACAACAACAACAACAAUUGUUGCUCUUAAAGGAUUUAUUUGUUGUUUUCUUUUUAUUCUUAGUGUAUAUGUAUAAUAUUAUAUUGUUUAGAGACAAACAAUGAGAAUUCACUUGCAGGAA